AUGGCCGCAUCUUCGGCGGCAAACAGCAGUCGGCCACAGGCAAAUGGAGUCCUCCCUGUUGCGGGAUCACAGACGGCUGGCAAUUCCUCAAAAGCAAAUGGCCCCAAGCCUCCUGCUCCUAAAUUGAAGGUUAUUGUCCGUAGACUGCCCCCAGGACUGACUGAGGCUGAGUUUAUUUCCGUGCUCGGAAACGACUGGAAAUUAGGGCAAGGGAAGGUUGAUUAUUACGUCUACAAGCCUGGGAAGGACUCGAAAGACCCCUCCAAACCCUCGCGACCCUCGCGCGCGUACUUCCAUCUCACGAAUGAGAACUAUCUCAUGACAUUGUCGGAACUCGUUCGACAAUCCGUCUUUGAGGAUGCACAAAAUACUUUUAAUAACCCUUGCCUUAUCGGCCCACCGAGUGUCGAAUUUGCUCCGUAUAAUCGAGUUCCUGGAGGCCGGCGUCGUGUAGAUGCCCGCGCCGGUACCAUUGACCAGGAUUCAGAGUUCAUGUCUUUCCUGGAGGGACUGGCCAAUCCAACUACCACGAAGGAUACCGGGGCCGAUCCUGCGGCUGAGGGAGUGUCUGGCAAACCAGAGAAAGUUACUACAACACCGCUGGUGCAAUACUUGAAAGACAAGAAAGCGAACAAGCACAAGGAGGCGGCCGUGAAAGCGGCCAAGAAACAGGAAGCCUUGUUGGCGAAGGGGAAAGCUAGUAAGGACGCGACUGCUUCCAGCGAGGAUGCCAAAAGGAAAGGAAAGGAGGUCAAGGGUGAUAGAGCAGUAGAACGGGCAGCGAAAGAAGCAGUGAAGAUACUGAAUCGGGAAGCCUCAGCUAAGGGGGCAGAGCCACCAAAGAAAGCCGAAGGCUCAUCCUCCACUACUCCAACUCACCCCAAGCUUGACCUUGGCAGAGUUCCAGGCCGUCAACGAGGAUCUGUUGUUGCUGCCCAUAUUCGAAUGUUGCAACGUGACCUUGGACUUAGUCCGGCUCAAGCUCACCGUCAAGUUAGACGGGAUACUGCUGAUGCCCAGAAAGCAGAGAGAGCUGCGGCUACAGCCAAACCAGCUGUCGAGACGAAAGAAGCACCAUCUCCUGCUCAAUCACCCAUUGUACCAACCGCGCCAAAGGCCAUUGUAACGCAGCAGUCAAACAGAAGAUCACGUGUGAAGCCACCCAUAACAACCGAUGAUGGCAAAGCGCCCUCGUCUACCCCUACGCCUUCUACUCCUGUCUCUUCGCCUAUUACUUUGUUGAAGAAGCCCGAACCAGCACCCACCUCCUCUGUACCUACUAUUCAAUCAGUAAAGUCGGCACCAGCUCAGAAUUCUCCCAGAAGAGGACAAUCUAGCACGGGUCCUUCCGACGGUGCCACCCAAGCGUUUAUCAAGCACGCUAAUCCAUCUCAGGGCGUUACUGAACCAUUGUUGAAGGAGGCAAUGGAGAAGUUUGGCGCUGUUUCCAUGGUUGAGAUUGACAAGAGAAAGGGUUUUGCUUAUGUUGACUUCAUUGAAUCAUCUAGUUUGCGCAAAGCUAUGGCGGCAAAUCCUAUUGCGGUUGCCCAGGGUACUGUACAAGUCAUGCAAAGGAAAGGUACUUCUCUGCCUCCUGAGAAGAAAGUUGUGCAUAAUCAGCCACAAACUCAGCAAGUUCCCCAUCCACCUACUCGCGGUGGUCGUGGAGGAAGGGGCGGGACAAUUGGACGAAGGGGUGGUCGUGGCGGGGGAACACCCCGUGGAGGAGGCAUGAAUUCUCCUCAAGCACCAAUAUCAGCACCAACUGCACCAGCUGCGAAGUGA